UUCUUUUAAUAGAUCCGUCCCAAAGGCAGCAAUCAUAGAGAUCAAAAGAUCGAUCGUCGGCCGAUAGAGAGAGAUGUUCUUCUUCUUCGUUGGAGGGUUGGAGUCGCAGGCGGGGCGGGUGCUCAGGGAGAACGCAGGCCGCUGCAUCCGGUGCGGCUCCUACGCCGACCUGGUGGAGUACGAGAAGGUGGUCAAGCUCUUCUUCGUCCCCGUCUGGCGCUGGCCUGGCAAGGAGCCCGCCUUCUAUUGCCGCGACUGCUCGUUCCUGUUCCCCAAAUCCCUCCCUCCCGGUCCCCCCUCGGCCGCCGAUGAUGGUCGAGGGGACUUCCUCGAUGAGGGCGCGCGCGGGCCGUCCGUCGCCGACGCGCUCCGGUGCUACUCCUGCGACCGCGUCGUCGAGCCACACUUCCGGUUCUGCCCUUUCUGCGGGGCCACUCUCUGAGAGAGGCUUCACCGGCUAUGCUUUUGGAUCUGGGAAUGGAGGAAAGGUGGAACUUUUUGCUUGCUUUGUAAGAGUUAUCGCUUGCUUGGGUUAGGGUUUUUACUCCCGAUACUACUCUUUUCUUUUUCUUUGAUGUGGUUGCUCCACAUGUGAACUGAAGUUGCAGUAUAUAAUACAGAAGCCAACCGAGUGUUAAUAAAAAUCCUUUUUUUUUUUCUUGUAACACAAUUUAAUAUAUAGAUUGUUGAAAAGAAAAUAAAAUUCCUCUAGUGUUCAUUUCCUU